UGUACAACGUCCUUUUGAGUUCCACUUCGUCAGUUCUCAAAGUAGAUAACUCACACAAUACAACUCUUUUGACUUAUCAGCUAUCUUUUCUCUCACAGUUCCGCUCCAGUUAAAACUUGCACCACAUUACACUUCUUUUACUUUUCAUUUUUCCCAUUUUUGUUUUGAAACUAAGAAAAAAGCAAAGGAAGAUGGAGUCCAGAGAAUUACACGUUCCGGCAGCAGCGACAGGGGGAUUACAGGUGCAACAACCGCAACAGAUGGUAAUGGGACCCCCAUCUUCAUCGUACCCUUCGAACUCCGCCUUGAUCAGCACUAAUCCAAUGGCUAAUAUCCCUCCUCCUUCCACUCCACGUUUUCCUUUCAACUCCUUAGCUUCGCAGUCGCCACAGCAUCAUCAGCAUCAUCAUCUGCAACCCAAGCCUCUGGAUUCGUUAAACUCCGUCGGCUUUGAUGGAUCGCCGCAGUUUCAGUACAACACGGAGCCGGCCAUGAAGAAGAAGCGAGGUAGGCCUAGAAAAUAUGCUCCUGAUGGUAACAUUGCUCUUUUACAAUUGGCACCCACCACCCCAAAUGCCUCUAACUCGGCAAAUCACGGUGGUGCGGAUUCUGUCGGUUUAGGAAGCAGUAGUGGCGGUGGUGCUGCGUCAGAGCCGCUUGCUAAAAGGAACCGUGGAAGGCCACCUGGUUCUGGAAAAAGACAGAUGGAUGCAUUAGGUGGAGUUGGAGGGGUGGGAUUUACUCCUCAUGUGAUCACAGUGAAAGCCGGCGAGGACAUAGCAUCAAAGAUUAUGGCUUUUUCACAGCAAGGACCACGCACAGUCUGUAUUCUCUCUGCAAAUGGCGCCAUUUGUAAUGUUACACUCCGCCAACCCGCAAUGUCUGGUGGUACAGUGACAUAUGAGGGCCGAUUUGAAAUUAUUUCUCUAUCAGGUUCCUUCUUGUUUUCUGAAAAUAAUGGUAGUCGCAGCAGGACCGGUGGAUUAAGUGUCUCCUUGGCUGGGUCUGACGGUCAAGUAUUAGGUGGUGGAGUUGUAGGGAUGCUGCAGGCAGCAUCAACAGUUCAGGUCAUUGUUGGCAGCUUUAUUGUGGAUGGGAAAAAACCGAACUCAGAUGUUUUUAAAACUGGACCAUCUUCCCUUCUAGCACCAAAUAUGCUGAGUUUUGGGGCUCCAGGAACAACAGUAAUUCAGCUCCAUCUAUUCAUAAUAACAAUAUGCAAAUGUACUCGCUUUGGACUGGCCACACUCCACAAUGAAGAUGCUUCUAAAUUAACAGUAGAGCGUUUUGGGCAUCAACUUGGUGAUUGGUCUUGCAUAACAAUUAGUGAAUUCCAAAUGCUAACAUGCAUUAAAGAAUAGAAAUGGCAGAGAAUAAUUUUUCUUGUAGAUCAAGUUUUUUGUUCUUUCUGCUUUAGUAGUUUUCAAGUAUUCUUCACCUCAUCGAAAAAUGGCUGCUGAGAACAUUCCACUUAUUUCUCAGAAUCUCAAUAUUACUUUUUCCAGUAUUGUUUCUCUAGUGGUUGCUGUUGUUAGGUUUCAGAUGUAAAACUCGUUUUAAGGAUAUGAAUAUCAUAGGAGUUGUCAUAGUUUUGAGUGAGACUUGUUGCCACCACCAUUUCGGGAGCCAUGACUACAUAACAUAUGGAGACCCAUAUCCAAUCUACAGGGUAUAUUAUGUAUUUUGAUCCAAAGGUUUCAUGGAUUUGUCUUAUAAAAGUUAUUUAACAAGUUUGGAUUUAAAUUUCUAUUUAUAUAUAUCAUAAAUUUUUAGAAUAUAUCGAUAUGGGAUUGGAGUGUUAUCAAUGAUGUAAGCUGUUGAAUCGUUUGUUGAUCUCAAGUAUUCAUUCAUUAAAGUCAUUUCAAUGUGUCUCGAUUGUUGUACACUUCUCUAAUAUGAUAAAGUUUACAAUAAGAAAUUGAUCAAUCCCUACUUUAAUGCACAAAAUUAAUUAAAGCAAGCAUUGCGUUUGCUUAUGGAAAAACUGGACAUUGCCACUCGGUCCAAUUAACAUCACAGCUCAAGCAUACCUGUUCUUAUUUUCAAACCAGUCUCAUGUCACCAACCAUAAAGUUGGGCGGCUCCUAACGCAUGUUGCAAGUUGUAUAUGAUUUUCAAUUUUCAAACCUU